AUGAUGUGAUGUUGGCUAUAAGCGUUAUUUCUGGUUUUUUGCUGGUAUCGUACAUGUGAAUUCUUAUUGGGUUUAUUAUGAUCAUUGAUUUACUAUUCGAUGCUCGUGAUUAUUUAUUUAGAUGGCAGUCAAAUCAUCAUUUCGGGAUUUAAUUUAUUUGCUUCUGCUCGUCUCGUGUGAGAUCUCUUAUUUUUAUAUUCGUAGUUGAGUUGACUUGUGUUUUUUUUUCGAGUCAAGCUGUUGAUCCGAUUUAUUUAUGACAGCCAACCUUUUUCUGUUUGGUUAGCAUGCGUUACUUUGUGUGAAUCUGAAUUGCUCCGUUGCACUGUUGUUAAUGCGAAACACUGUUUCUGCAUAUCUACUGGCCGGGUUUUAGAUUCAAUCACUCUUGGUUAAUUAGUUUUAUUAUCCCUUAUUUUAUUUUAAUUAUGUAUUAAAGUAGAAAUGGAAUUCGUGAUGUGGGUUGAUUUGGGAAACGGUGGUGGUUUUUUCUCUUGCGAGAUUUAGUCCAAUGCCGAAUGUAGUGGUUCUUGCCACAAUGGCUCAAGAUGCUAAGAUACGGAUCUUUGCAGGAAGACACGUGGUAUGGGAGCCGCGAGGAAGCUGAAGAACCACCGCAGGACCCAGCGAUGGGCCGAUAAGGCCUACAAGAAGAGCCAUCUCGGCAACGAGUGGAAGAAGCCGUUCCAGGGCUCUUCCCACGCCAAGGGCAUCGUCUUGGAGAAGAUGUGAGCUUCCCUUCUUCUCUCCCCCCUCUUGUACAGAACUAACUCUCCCUGCUGUGGCCAUCUUCCCACUCACAGCGGCAUCGAAGCUAAGCAGCCCAACUCUGCCAUCCGAAAGUGCGCCCGAGUUCAGCUGAUCAAGAACGGGAAGAAGAUCGCCGCUUUCGUGCCCAACGACGGCUGCCUGAACUACAUCGAGGAAAACGUGGGCGCCCCAUCGAAUCUUAUAAUCAUCCAGAUUACGUCUCCUAAUCUUUCUGGAUUAUUGGGUUUGAACGGGUUUCUUUCCCUUCUAUUCACUCUCUCUGCAGGACGAGGUGCUCAUCGCCGGGUUCGGUCGGAAGGGGCACGCCGUCGGAGAUAUCCCCGGAGUCCGGUUCAAGGUGGUCAAGGUCUCCGGCGUCUCCCUGCUCGCUCUCUUCAAGGAGAAGAAGGAGAAGCCGCGUUCUUGA